UUUUAACUAAAUAUCUAUUUCUAAGUUGUAUCAAAAUGGAUGCGCCCAUUAAACAUUAUAAUUUUCAAACUUUAAAAAAUUAAAUGUAGAUCUAGAUCUAUAUAAUAUGAUUAGUUGUAGUCUCAUAUAGAUUUUAAAUCAUAAAGCAAAGCCCAAAGAUGUCAACCAAGGACACUGGUUUAGAGAAACUUGGUAUUGCCACAGGAACACAUCUCCAUCUCGCUCUGACAACUUCAGCAGACCCACUAAAUGCAAUUCAAGAGUUUCAGAACUUGAACGGCAUUGAUGCCGAAUCUUUAAAAAUUGCUUUACCUUUUUUAGAUUUACAUGGAGUUAAAAGGCUGACAUUAAAUUUGUCCAUUUUUGAAACGAUACGAGAAAAACUACUGCAGAAAAUUGCAGAACUUGCUGCUAGCAAUGAGCCAGAGUCUAUUCAAAAGCUAGAGACAUUACUUGAUAACAGUUUUCCUGCAAUCAAAAACAAAGACAUUCGACCAGUUGUAAUGGCAACCAUGAAACAUCUUCCUAAAGUCAAAGAGGAGUAUUUGCAAUAUCUGCUGGAAGACAAGGAACUUUACACAGAAGCUGCAACUGAAGUCAAAAGACAAAUCUGGGAAAACAACCAGUCACUGUUUGGUGAUGAAGUACAGCCAUUAUUGGCUCAGUACUUGAAAGAAAAAGAAUGGUCCUUGUAUAGGCAUGACAGUCCUGGUUUGACAUUCUUCUCAUCUAACCCCAAGCAGAGACGCCAAAAAGAAACCUUGACACAACUCCUGGAAAUGAUUGGUUCAAACGUUAAACUCUAUGACAUGGUGCUGCAGUUUUUAAGGACCUUAUUUCUCAGGACCAGAAAUACACAUUAUUGCACAUUAAGAGUUGAACUGCUUAUGGCUAUACAUGACUUGGAGUUAAACUCAAUAUGUUCUAAAGACCCUUGCCACAAGUUCACCUGGUGUGUUGAUGCUUGUAUCAGAGAGAAGACAGUAAAUGCAAUGAGAUCCAGGGAACUUCAAGGUUUUCUAGACUCAGUGAAAAAAGGACAAGAAUUUGUUCUAGGAGAUUUGUCCAUGGUACUCUCUGAUCCUUAUGCUUUGAACAUAAUUCUCCAAUCAUUAAUGAAAAUGCUACAGAACUGUGUCAACACUGACACAUUGCCAAGGGACAGUGCUGAUUUACAGCUGUUAUGUAGAAUGACAGCACUGGGGUUAAAUGCUUGGGAAAUGAUUGACAGUGGACAUUUUCGAGAGCCAAAAUUGGACCCAACAUUUUUCACCAAGUUUCUGGCAUACAUAGUUUCUCUAAUGGCUGAAGAUCAGAUACGACAUUUCUCUGGGAAAGUCCCUGGGGAGAAAAUUGUUCCUCCACCACUGCCCCCUGACAUGUAUGCUAAUUGGAUCAGCCAAAGUUCACUUGCCAGUAUGGUGGCCAUGUAUUACUGUUUACAGUGUGCAAGAAUGAGGGACCGUCUGGCCUUGGUUCAGAUCCUGCCUACUAUGAUCCACUGUGAGAAUGACAGAGCCUACAAUGACACAUUCUUACACUGUUUGACAUCUUAUCUGAUACACAUGAAAGAUGACUUUCAACAUGAGGAUCUGUGUGUAGCUGUACUGGAUGAUUUUUUCAUACCAGCAUCCUCUAGAGAAAAUGUCUUGAGACAUUUGUUGAGAUUGUUAAUGUACAUUCAUCACAAACUACCAAAGAGCAAACUUGAGGCAAUGAUGGAAGAAAUCUCUUCAGAUAAGGAUAUGUCUGAUUCUGUGAGGUCAGCUGUAGAGAUAUUACGAGACAAAAUUGACCACUUUGAACCAAGUCCUGUAGCAAGUCCAGACAAAAUAGAUUCACCGUUAAUGAGUGUUCCUGCCCCAACUCCAGCGCCACAUCGGUGAUAGAGUCAAACACAGUUGUAUAUAUUGUCUAUAGCAGCUACACAUGAUUUACUUACAUGUGUUUAAAUAUGUGUGUUGUCCUAGAAAUAAAGACACAUUGAAAGUUGUUA